GGGAGAGGGAGGGGAGCGCCGGUGGCUGCUGGUUAAACUGGAACGAGGCGCGGCAGCCUCCCCGCAGUCCCUGCCCUGGGGACUCUGACCCCGUGGGCCGGCGAGGGAAGCCGAGGCAGGCGGUGCCGAGCAGCCCCGCGGCCGCUGGGACAGAGCCAGGGAGAAGCAGAGCAGGAUGGACCCCGCCAUGGAGCUGGCAGAGGACCCCAGGUUCCCCCGCCCGUUGGUGGAGAUGCUGAUCAGAAACUUCAGCGUGCCGGCAGCCUGCUUCUCCCUGCCGCCUACCUCCCGGCACCUGCUGCAGCAGCUGGACACGGCCCAACUCGCCAUCAUGGGCCUCGCCACCAUCAUGACGCUGCUGUCGGUCGCGAUCUUCGUGGAAGAGGCUUUCUACCUCACCCGCAAAAUCCGCUGCCCCAUCAAGAUGAAGACCCUCUGCUGGAGCAGCUCGGCCCCUACGGUUGUGUCCGUGGUCAGCUGCUUCGGGCUGUGGAUCCCGCGCUCCAUGAUGGUGGUGGAGAUGGCUACCACGAUGUACUUUGCCAUCUGCUUCUACCUCCUGAUGCUGGUCAUGGUGGAGGGCUUCGGGGGGAAGGAGGCGGUGCUCAGCACCCUGAAAGAUGUGCCCAUGGUGGUCAGCACGGGGCCCUGCUGCUGCUGCUGCCCCUGCCUGCCCCGAAUCACCAUGAGCAGGAGAAAGCUUCAACUGCUGAUGCUGGGGACUUUCCAGUAUGCCUUCUGCAAGGCAGUCGCCGUCUUCCUGGGGCUGGUCCUGGCUACCGACGGGAACUACAACCCUGCUGACAUCUCGGCGGAGAGCGUGGCCCUCUGGAUCAACACAGUGGUCGGUGCCUCCACCCUCUUUGGGCUGUGGGCCCUGGGCAUCCUCUUUCGGCAGGCCCGGCUGCACCUUGCCGAGCAGAACAUCCAGGCCAAGUUCUCCUGCUUCCAGGUCCUCCUCCUCCUGACGGCACUGCAGCCCGCCAUCUUCAGCAUCCUGGCCAACAAUGGCAACAUCGCCUGCUCGCCGCCCUUCUCCUCCAAGGCCAGGUCACAGCAGAUGAACGUACAGCUGUUGAUCCCUCAAACCUUCAUCUUGGCAGUGGUGACACGGAUGUACUACCGCAAGCAGGAUGACAAGCCGGGCUACCAGCCCGUCAGCUUUGCACCCGCAGGCACCAACGUCAAGGCGUGAGCAGGAGGGAGCAACUGGGGUGCCGAGGGGCAGAGCGAGGCGAGGGGCUGGUCUGCCCUGUACAACCAUCUCCUCCUCCUCCGGCCCUGGGGAGCUGCUGGCAGCAGAGGAGGCAGAGGGGGAAAGGGCAUCUCGGCAUGGGGUGAAAGUGUCUGAACACUGAAAGCCACAAGCCAAAGGGAUCCGUGAAGCCACCUCCAACCUGGGGAGGCUUUUGUGUGGCAGCGAAUAAAGAUAAAUUUGUACCCGA